AUGGCCCGCAGUCUGGCACAGAGUGGCCUUGCCGCCCGAGUGCGCUCUCUUUCUGUUUGGACCAGGGACAAGGCUAAGGCUGCUGCGCGUGAACUGGAGCAGGCCAUGGCCGAGAUCCAGGAGGAUGGUCUGUCCAGUGCCGAUCAGCCGAGCCUGGCUGGAGAGGAUUCAACUCGAAGCGAUCCAGAGCCGCUUUGGACACAGAACCGCUGUGAGACUGAGACCGAUGAAGCAGAUGCAGAGGCGCGGAACCGGCCCUUUUACGAGUUGGUCCGUGGCUCCAUGGCGGAGGCGAUCGAAACGAAUGGCCCGGACACUUUUGAGCGGUGGCUCCGGCAGUUCCACAGUGAGCGGGACGAUGAGUGGUUUGCCAACAACCGUACCCGAGUCUACAAUGCUUUCCGCCCGCACUGGGAUGAAGUCGUUGCGAAAGGUGCCACAGACAAGUGA